CGCGACGCGUGCGCAGAGGCGCGGUGAUGACGUCAUGAUGACAGCUCGGAGCGUUACAGAAUGACUCCGACUCAAUGUUUUGGUUCCAUUCGGGGCUGAUUCAAGCUGAUUUUCCCACUUUUCACCCAUCGGAGGACAGAUCGGACUAGGAUGGAGGUAGAUCAGGACCUGGAGGCGGAUUUCAUGCAGAAGUUCAGCGCCAUGGGCACCACGGAUAGAGAGGUUUUGGUGGCCGAGCUACAGAAACUGGUCAACUACCAACUCAACCCGUCCGCCUGUGCAUUUUUCCUCGAUAUGAACAACUGGAACCUUCAAGCAGCAGUUGGAGCGUUCUACGACCUUGAGACGCCGCGCCAGCCGCUGCCCAACAUGUCGUUUGUCGCUGACAUCACCAUCGGGGAGGGGGAAUCAGUCCCGCCGGACACACCGUUUGUCAAGACAUGGAGAAUACAGAACUCAGGUGAGGAGCCCUGGCCGGCCGGCGCUUGUCUCAGGUUCCUGGCAGGUGAGCGUCUCGGCCCCAACGACAGAGUCCUGGUGGACUCCUUAGACCCCAAGUGCAUCACAGAUGUGAGUGUGAACAUGGUGAGCCCCUCCCACGCUGGGGUGUACCAGGGGCAGUGGAGAAUGUGCACACCAGCCAACCUGUACUUCGGAGAAAUCAUCUGGGUGAUCCUAACUGUAGAAGAAAAUGGCCUCCUGGCUGUUACUCAACAGAUGUCUACCAUGGGGGCUGACCUCACCACAUCACCACCACUCCAGGCUGCUGAAAACCCCUUUGGGAGACCCCUACCCGGUAGCCAAUCAAACGACCAGUCACAAACUCUGUUCGGCAGUCCCCACCAAUCGGGAGCCUUGUCUCAAAGCCCCUUCAACAGCCCGGUCAAGAUUGGCCAACCAGAGUCUCUACCACAUCAACAACACUUCGGCAGCCCGGUUCAAAACCACCAAUCGGAGGUGGUGUCACAGAAUGCAGUAGUACCUAGCACCCAAUCACAGCAACCGUCACAUUUAGCGUUCGGCAGUCCGGCAGAGUUCCCAGUGGGCUCCACAGUUAGGCUAGGGGAAAGGACUGUGAAUGGUUUUAGUCCGACGAAUCAGGGGGCAGGGGAGAGCCACGAGCCGUUCGGGGUGCAGAACGGAGCGGCGCAGACGUUCUGUUCACCCGUCCCGAGUCAAACCACGGCGGGCGGGACGGUUCCUAUAUUUCAGAUUCAACCGACAAAUUCGGUCAGGCAACAACUCUUCCCAGCAAACAUGGCGGCCGCGACGGGGCAGCCGCUGCCGCUGGGGCACGACAGUAGCGUACACAACGAAGAGGAAGAUGAGGACCUCUAGCGAUAGGUCACGUCCAGUUGCAUAUGCCGCGUAUUGCGAUCGAUUAUCGUUUGGGAUAGCCUGAGUAACACAGUCUCUCACUGUCAGGGCCUGAAUGGGCUAGCCUCCACAGCAUGCAAAAACUGGGGGUUUGGGGGGUCUUCAGGGUCUUUGGGAUCUUUUAUGUGCCAUUUUCUGAUUGCAUAUAGACAACACAGCCGGCCUGGUUGAAUUACCCCCGUUUUUUGACUGGGCUAAUCAGAAAACAGCCGAAGACCACCAAACCACCAGUUCUAUAAGCCUGCUACGGAGGCUAUGAACAGGCCUCCUCCCUCCUGAGAGCUUGUGUGGCCAUACACCUCUAACACUGGAGAACCAUUCCCAGAACUACCAAUAGCAGCUCAGGAUUCUCUGUCACUUUGUUAUACCAAGACAGCCAUACAUACCAUACGUAUACAACUCUAUGCCAACUGUCAGUUGUCAGUCUAACAAUAUUGCACAUAUACCAGUAUGCAUAGGCCAGUAAGAUUAAGAUGUUCUAAUUCUCCUGAGUUAGAGGUGUUGGCCAGCAAGCUUCCAGGGCCUGACCAGUAGAAGGGCUGUGAGAAACAUGAUUUUUAUAGUCAGGCUAAUUUUUGGAGCAUCCAUAAAGAAAAAUUAGUGAGAUCAUAUGUGGAUGACUUAAGUAUUCCUUUUAAACAGCAGAAAGAUUUCAAAAAAAUUUGAGGAAAAAAAACUGAAGUGCUGAAAUGAAAAGAAACUUUUGGAACGUCCGUUAACGAGGGUUAUUGUCAAAUUUGUGUAUUAGUAGUGAAGCAUUAAUGGUAUGAUCAUGGUUUGGACAAUUUUGGUCCAAUGUUUAUAUUAUUAUUAUUUACAAUUUGUGACAAAAAGGAACAAAAAAAGUUUUUUUCUUUUUUUGAAAAGCUGACAAAAAAAAUAGAAGAAUUUUUGUGAAGCGAGCUCAGCUCUCACAAUAUGUGAUACUGGGUAUGAUGCAACUGGACCUAUAGGAUGGCUGCGUGCAUGCAUGAGUUUUAAAUUGUUAACUUAGAGUUCUGCAUGAUAGUGUGACUGAAGCUGCGAAAACUUAUGUCAAAUGUAUUAAUAUUAGCACUAAUCUUUUCACAGCAAUGCUUACCACCCCUUCUUUUACAAGUAGACUCACCCAAUGAUGGUGAUGGAUGGAUCAUGCCAUUAAGAAGAGGGGGUGUUGUAGGAUAUUUCUAACCUGGCAGACUUGUGUAUGUAGGGAGAUGCUGUACAUCUUUGUUGUGGUUUAAUUUUGUAUGUUUCACGGUGACCUCUCAAACACAAAAUCUUCACAUCAUGAACUUAACAGACUUUCUGCAAGUAUGUCCACCCUUACCACGAAAUGGCGUUCCCUUGAACUAAAUUUUUUACAGUUUUCGGCUCCUUGAAUUGACAGCUAGUGCAAAUCAAGUGACUGCUUGAACAUUAUGCUAUAUUCGUAAUGAAUUAAGUAACAUACAUGGACGGUAUUCUGAAACUUUCACAAAGUCCCUCCCUAGUAUGCUAUUCUCGAAAGGUAAAACCAAUAAGAUUGCCAAGCGAACACAACUCUCUUCCUAUGUACUUCUUGGUUCUUGGUGUCCUGUUAUUAGAUUUUAUACUUCAUGUUCCAUUGAAUUCUGAAUAACUGCUCUGGUGUAUUUGCUGCACAUAUAAAUGAUGAACUCUUCCUUGACCAUGUCACAACGCCAAUUCAGAACACUAGGGAACCAACAAAACAACUAAGAAAUACUUAAAAUAAAGUAUUAGAAUGUUUGUAAAUCAAAACGUCUUUGGCGAAAUGAGAAUUGAAAAUGAUUGGUUUACCAGUACCUCCAAUUCUGCUAUCAAGUAGUUGUAAGAAUAAAACACAAUGCAAGUCAUACUAGUCCUGACAGCAUGUGGCUAUCUCCUAUCUUAACCUUCUGCCAUCUUGACAUCAAAUUUGUACUGGUUAUGGGGUUCAUGUGUCUAUUUGAAACUCUGGAAAUUUGAAAGUCCUGUCCAGCUUGAUUUCACCAUUCUAACCUCCCUCUACAAUGUGUUCCUGUUUUUUCCAUGUCUGUGUCUUCCUUCCCUUGCCCAACUACAGUGAGUCAAUUUUCACUAUUUCAGUGCAAUAUGUACUUCUAAAUACAUGUAUCAGCAAGUCUCCUCUCAUACAUUGCUAACAUAGCGUCCCUCUCAGUGCAAAAUUCAGAUGCCAUAUGCAUAAGUCUUUGCUAUCAACUAGGAUUUAAAAAAAGCGACAUGAAGAAUUUUUUGUCCUUCGGCAAGUCAGAAAUGUAUGCUGUGAUCAAUGAGAAACUGGCUGUAUAUCAUACUAUAUGGUGGAAAGCUUGGCUAGAAUUACACAUGCCAUAAUGUACACAGGUUGAUAAGACUAUACACUGUGGUAGUUCCUUAAAAAAAUGCCUUCUUCAAUAAUGUAUUGAUAAUUGUAAUGUACACUGAAACAAACCAGGGCAGAACAUCAUAAGAACUAUGAAGAAUGAAUCAAAUUUUGGAAAUCUUUUCAGCUUGAUCAGUAACUGGGGGAUUUUUGCUGCGAAAUCUCAGACCCUGAAGUAUUACUGUUCUUUCUUUUGUCCUAUUCUUGUGCUUUUCUUGUAAUAUAUUUAGUAGGUGUUAGUAGAAAUGCUAUGGGCUGUCAAUGAAUAUGCCAUGAAUAUAUGACCCAAGACUACCACCUUUUCUUCUGCACUUUUCCAUUUGGGGGAAAAAAGAAAAGAAAAAUGCACCUUGUGUCACUAUGAAGAA